GUGUCAUCGCCGAUAGGGGUGGCGUUGCUAUUGUUGUCGUUUUGUUUCUUUCGAUUUAAUUUAUUUACAAUGUAUUUACUGUAUACAUUAUGUUUUCAAUACUAAUCGCAGUGGGAAAUGUAAUUGAUGAUUUGCUACUGCAGCCUAUUUCGACCGCAAUUGAGGGCAUUGUAAAUGUAAUAUACUAUUUCCUUGCUGCCAGUUGGUUCAUAGGUUACUGUCUCGUCGAAGCCGGCGGGUACAUCUGGAGUGUAUUAUGUGACUGUUACCAAAUAGCUAUUGUUAUUGUAAAGGAGUGCAACAUUAUCUAUAGCGACCUACGGGACGUUGCCGCCAAUGUUUGGGAAUACAUUUACUAUGGUACCGGAGACGGACUAAGUCUGGCACGAUACUUGGCAGAGGAAGUGCUUCUAUUUCUGGGCAAUGUGCUUAUCGGACUUGGAAAUUGUACACUGUGGAUACUUAUGUUACUUCCGCGCGCCAUUAUAGUUAUAUUUGACUAUAUUAUACUGGCUCUUGACCAUUUAGCUCGAUAUGUUGUUGAGCGUGGAACUUAUUUACUCAAUAACAUCUUCCAACUCUCAAUUGGCAUUGCCCUGCUUCUUGUGAUCUACAUGUUUCGCAGAUAUGUUCAUCUGCUGGCGCUUUAUCUGCUAAGAAGCAUUCUUAAUGAGUUCUCAACGAAAGGGCGCCUGGCCUUAAUGUGUUUGGCAGACUGGACUAAUCAACAAAUUUCCUGGGUGUUUAAAAAGUUUGAAGUUUCUGAAUCAUCCGCGAAUACUUCUGGUCAUCGAUCACAUUGUGUGGUGUGUUUGGAAAGGAACAAGAACAUAGUUAUACUUCCCUGCCGACAUCUUUGCCUGUGCAAGGAGUGCGCCCAGCAACUGAACCGCUUGGACGGUGGCGAACGUUGUCCUAUUUGCCGACAUGACGUGCACACAUUGAUGCCUGUCUAUGACUGAAAUAUUAUAUUUACUAUACAUAUGAAUAAGUCAAAUAUUUUUAUAUUUUGUAUAAGCCGAUUUUAAAAAGUGUAUUCUAUUUGAUUCGAUGACAAAUAUAAUACAAACUAUAAUUUAAAAAGAAACAAAAAUC